GACUGCUUUUCAUGUAUGAUCAUGUAUAGAAAGGCCUCCGUUAAAUGAUGCAUGAAGAUAUCCACAUGAUAAACUUCAUGACCCAAAAUCAUUGCGAGUGUUAUAAUCGAUGUUACUCAAGGCCAAGGGACAUUACUAGCUUCAGAUGUAGUUGUGCUACGAAUCUUCAUUAUAUCGGAAAUGAUCUUAGCCAUGGCAGCAACCUUGUUUUGCAAAUGGUGUACCGUUUUCGGCAGCGUUAAUAGGGGCAAAAGCAUUCGCAAUAUUCAAGCUCACCAUAUCGAGGGGCCUCAGAAUCGAAAAAGUGCAUUCAUCUCAUAAUCCGAUGCACACAUCGGAGGAUUUGAAUAGUGUUGAUACUAUGUCGGCAUUGUUGUUCUAAAGCAUGAGUAGCGCUGUAGGUCCUAUCACUUCUCGGGGUUGAGUCUCGGAGGAGCAUUGAGAGGCGAGUAAAUUUGUGUCCACUGAGUGGUCAACCAUGGGCUUAACACAGUAGUUUCUAGGCUGCGUGUACGUCUUAUUUUGUUUCGUUCGGAUCUCCGAGAUUCUUUGAGCUGCCCACAAUAUUAAGGUUGCCGCGCUUAGUCAUCGACCUCCCCCACCCGGUUUCCCACCAUUGUGUUUACCACAGCUAUGGCCGAUUGGCUCAUUAAAUACUCUGUAUACGUGUGUUCGUCAGUGGUUCUAGGUGCACUGGAACAAAGACCACACGGAGAGCGGACCGGAGGUGAGCAAUGGUCUAAGGUUCAGCUGCAGACCUUCUUCACGGGGCCGAAGUCGGCUGUGCACUACUUUUGUGUGACUGUUGCUGAGGCUGCAGUGGAGGCAGAGGUACAGCCAAUUGGUGGAGGAGAUCGAGGAGCAGUAGGAGAAGUUGCACAAGGUCCUAGCCGCCGGCGUCGACAAGCACGAGACCACCAUCUGGCUAAAUCGGGCGGGGGUAGCCGGUGCAUUUCCAAGAGCGCGAUCUCGACACGUUCUGUAGCCGGAUGCCAGCGAAGGAGGAUGACAAGCUGCGCCGGCUGUAUGUGGAUAUAGACCAGCUGUUCUUCGAUCGCUGUAUCGCAGUCCUGAAGACGGUAAUGACCCCGCUAUUGUA